AGGAAGAAGGUUUCUCUUCUCUAUAACAUAAAAUCAAAAUUCCAAUUUUGCAAUAUGUGUCGAGCACUGGCUAUAUGUAAUGAUCAAAAUCAAGAAUUUGAUACUACACAAAAAUAUGAAGAAGAAAUUAAUAGUAUUUUAGCAGCCAGACAAAAUGACAUCAACUUUUUCACAUAGUCUAAUGGAGGAGUGUCCACAAAUCCAAGUGAUUCUUUAAGAAGUGGAUGGUUACAUAAAUUCUUUCAUUAGCACAAAGAUUUCUUUUUUCUUCUUUUGAUGGCAGUGUGCUUUUACUCCUAACAUGGACAUCAUUCUAAGUUUGGCCCAGCCAAUGUUGUGUUUGUACUAAAGAAUAUUCUAUUCCAAUGGCCAAUUAAGUCUUGGCAGAUAUAUGUGAUACUAUUAGAUAAGAAUCCUUAAGAUUUAAAAGCACCCUUUUGACAACAUAGUUUACAACUACUUUCCUUUCUAAUCAUCAUUCCUUCCUCCUAAUGGUUCUAAUUAUAAUCAUUAAAUUAAACACUGAAGUUAUGCAUAUCUAUCUAACUUCAAAGAUUAACCAAUACACUGUGGGGUCUACGGUACGCAACUUAAGUUUUGUGUACAGAUACACAAAUAGUCAAAAAUUAAAGUCAAGAUGGUAGGAUGAAUGGACAAAACACUCCAAACGACUGGCUUCAAGGUGAGGCAUUUGAUUGUUUGUUUUACUGGUUGGAUUGUCAGUUGACCGAAGCAUGACAGUCGAAGUGAAUUUCAUAAAAACAAGAACUUCGGUAUAAACACGAAUGCUAUAAGAAAGUGAAAAAAUAUGGAAGCUGUUAAGCUAGCAUCAAGUGAUCCGAGCGAAACAAGAGACGCUUACAAAGUUGCUUACAUAAUCCAUUUCUUGCUUGGAGCUGGUAACUUGCUACCUUGGAAUGCAUUUAUCACAGCAGUUGAUUACUUCGCGUACUUAUAUCCAACUAACCACAUUGAAAAGGUUUUCGCGGUGGCUUAUAUGGUUUCAUCUGUGCUUGUACUUCUUGUGAUGAUGAGUUGGGGAGGUUGGAGUAAAACAACACUGAGGUUGAGAAUGAACUUAGGAUUUUCAAUGUUUGUUAUGUCUCUCAUGGUAGCUCCUGUCAUUGAUUGGGCCUCGAGUAGGGACGAGAUGAAAGAGAGGCCAAGCGGUGCUUAUGGCAUGACAGUUGCAGCUGUUGUAAUAUGUGGUUUAGCAGAUGGCUUGGUUGGUGGAAGUUUGAUAGGAUCAGCAGGAAGGCUUCCAAAACAGUAUAUGCAAGCUGUUUUUGCUGGAACUGCUUCCUCAGGUAUUAUAAUUUCAAUCUUGAGGAUAAUAACCAAAGCAUCACUACCUCAAACCCCAAAGGGUCUCAAAAUAAGUGCUCACUUGUACUUCAUGGUGGCCAUAGUUUUCCUCCUAUGCUGCAUUGUCUUUAGCAACUUGCAGCACAAGUUACCUGUGAUGCAGCAGUAUCAUCAGAGUCUACUUCAGGAGAGUCCCUUAUGUUCAGGGACAAAGUUUUGUGCAGUGGCAGGGAAAAUUAAGGGACCAGCUUUUGGAAUUUUCAUAAUCUAUAUAGUAACUCUAUCUAUUUUCCCAGGAUUUAUUGCUGAAGAUCUUGAAUCCAAGGCUCUUAAGGAUUGGUAUCCUAUUAUAUUGAUUACAGUUUAUAACUUAGCUGAUCUUAUGGGAAAAUCUUUAACUGCUUUCUAUGUUCCACAGUGUAUCAAAAGGGCCAUUGGGGCUGCCACAGCAAGACUAUUAUUCUAUCCACUUUUUAUAGUUUGUCUUCAUGGACCAAAUUGGUUGAAAACAGAAGUGCCAAUGAUGGUUCUUACAUUUCUGCUUGGAUUUACCAAUGGAUAUCUUACUAGUGUUCUUAUGAUUUUAACUCCUAAGUCAGUGCAUUUCUCAGAAUCAGAGUUAUCUGCUAUUGUGAUGACCGCGUUCCUCGGAUUCGGCUUGGUUGGUGGUUCUGUCCUAGGUUGGUUCUGGAUACUGUGAAGGCUUGUUUAGCUCAGGUGCAAUAAAAUGAGCAGAAGAAAGUAGCAUUCAUUGUAGCUUAAUUUCCUCAAGUAGAUUGUUUCUAUAUUAGUUGUCUAAUGUUUUGAGUGCCAAAUCAUGAGAAGUGUGGACAUUGUUAGGAAACUUCUAGGCUUGUAAAAUAUAUAUAAUGUAAUGAAUCUAUAAACUGGGAAUGAAAUUUAUGAUCUUUGUCAAUAGAAAUAAUAUACUGUUGGGAUAAA